UUGUUGCUCUCGUUUUUUUCUUGAUGUUUCCUUGAGGCGACGUUGCCAUCGACCUGACGUUUUGAAAGUUUAUUAUGAUAAAAAUGAGAGCUUUUCGUGGCAUGAAUUUUCUCUCUUUUGUUUUCCCAAUUUGUUUGCGAGAAUGCCUUGUGGGCUUGUUUGGGUUCUACCGGUCGCCUGUGCAACCUUUUUUCUGAUGAAAAGUACAUUGCAGUAUCUUACAAUAAAUUUAGUUUGACACCUGUGUUUUUCCUCCUCCUCUUGUUUUUCGAUAGUGACAUUACAUAGGGUGAGGUUUCUUGCUUAUUUUUUCGGUUCACGUGCAACUUUGUUGCUCGGUGCCCGAACCAGCCGUCUCCUCUUUCCCGUCCGAUAGGAUCUGUUCUAGCGGACUGUUGUGCGGCUUUGCCUGUAAUUAAUUGCUUUAUCAUAUUUAUCAUAAGUAAAAGGUAGGGGAGAUGUUGUUUCGACGACCGUCUUGAAUUAUUAGAAUGUUUGAUGAUGAUGAUGAUGAUGAUGAUUUAAUUAUGCUUGUGAUCUAUCUUGUUGUUUGUUGGCUUUGCUCAUAUUGCUUUCUUUUGCUUCUACAGUCUGUGGCUGCUGUCACCACCAAAAUGUUACUAUCUAGGAUUGCCAAGACUGCAUUCAGCCAGUCGUCUCAGGCCGCCAGAAUAGCCGCCGGAAACCACUACAUGGGGAUGCUCCGCAAGGGCUUUCCCGCUGCUCCACCCUACCACACUUGGCUUCGGGACGUUAUCUCCAGCGGUAACGGCGACCGCUCGUCUCUGCUCCGCCCAGCUGAUGUCUUCAGAGUCAACAGCAGAGGAAUCGGCCACACUCCGCAUUUCCAAUAUCCUUCAGCCGAAGCAGUUCGGGAUGAUUUGUACUCGGGGGCUGAUGACGCAAGGGUCCCAGGAUUGGAGCCUACGAAAGCCGGCGAGAAACCGAGGGUGGUGGUUCUUGGCACUGGAUGGGCUGGCUGCCGCUUCCUUAAAGGACUGGACACGAAGCUCUAUGACAUCGUGUGCAUAUCUCCGAGGAACCAUAUGGUUUUCACUCCCCUGCUUGCUUCCACCUGCGUUGGGACCCUGGAAUUCCGCUCCGUAGCUGAGCCUGUCAACCGGAUCCAAUCUGCUCUCUCCGGAGCCCCUAAUUCCUACUUCUACCUGGCGUCUUGUACAGGAAUCGAUACCCACAAGCACCAAGUGUGCUGUGAAUCCGUUUCAGGCGCUGGCCUACCUGAUGAGCCGUACCACUUCAAGGUUGCUUACGACAAGCUGGUCAUUGCGGCUGGUGCGGAUCCUCUAACUUUCAAUAUCAAAGGAGUAAAAGAACACGCGAUGUUUCUCCGUGAAGUACAACAUGCUCAAGAAAUACGAAGAAAGCUUCUUUUGAACCUCAUGCUCUCGGAAGCUCCAGGCAUAUCAGAAGAAGAGAAGAAGCGGCUCCUACACUGUGUUGUCAUCGGAGGAGGCCCUACUGGAGUAGAGUUCAGCGGGGAGCUGAGUGACUUCAUCAUGAGAGAUGUACGCCAAAGGUUUUCUCACGUGAAGGAUUAUAUUCAAGUUACUCUUAUAGAGGCAAGUGAAAUACUAUCAUCGUUCGACGUCGGAUUGAGGCAAUAUGCAACGAAUCACUUGACAAAGUCGGGAGUUCGCCUUGUGCGAGGCGUUGUGAAAGAGGUGCUUCCGGAGAAGAUUCUUCUGAGCGAUGGAACUUGUGUGCCGUACGGUCUGCUCGUCUGGUCCACCGGAGUUGGGCCCUCCGAGUUUGUCAAAUCACUUGACCUUCCCAAGUCUCCGGGUGGAAGGAUUGGUGUUGACGAGUGGCUUCGUGUUCCCUCCGUGGAGGAUGUUUUUGCACUCGGGGACUGUGCAGGUUUCCUGGAGCAAACGGGAAGGCCAGUUCUUCCUGCUCUGGCUCAGGUUGCUGAGAGGGAAGGCAAAUAUCUGGCUAAUUUGUUCAAUCAGAUGGGCAAGCAAAAUGGUGGCAGGGCGCACUGUGCCAAAGACAUUCCUCUGGGGGAUCCCUUCGUGUACAGGCACCUAGGAAGCAUGGCGUCUGUCGGGCGCUACAAAGCAUUAGUGGAUCUAAGGCAGAGCAAGGAUGCAAAGGGCAUUUCCAUGGCUGGGUUCGUCAGCUGGUUUAUUUGGCGUUCCGCCUACCUGACUCGUGUGGUAAGCUGGAGGAACAGGUUCUACGUCGCAGUCAACUGGGCUACCACUCUUGUCUUCGGUAGGGAUAACUCCAGAAUAGGUUGACUUGAGGCUGGUAUCGGAGGCGGAAAGGCAUGCCCUCGACUAGACUCGACUCGACUCGACUCGACUCUCCUUUUUCCGGUAGAGCAUAUAUCUUCAGUGUCGUCGCCGCUAUGUUGCUGCCUUAUGAUGAUGAUUCACCACUCCCAGUAUCCGCUGUUUUCUCUUUAGUUAGGGUCGUCGUCGUCUAGUGAUGCCCCACGACAUACAUAUUUAUAUAUUCGUUUAUGAAUGGUGCCCAUUUGUUGAUGAUUCCUUACAAA